AUGGGUUCCGUCGCGGAAAGCUACUCUGGAGGCCUUUCUCCCUUUGCCGACAAGCUCAUCACCCGUCGCGUUGACGAGCUGGCGGCUUCCUCCCCAUUCCGCACCUGGGUCUCCGUUCCUCAGACAAAUGAGAUUGACGGCCAAUGGCGGGACAUCACCUUCCACGAGCUCGCGCAGGCGGUCGACGGCAUGGCAAGAUGGAUCGAGAAGACCAUUGGUGCAGGGACCGCUCGGGAGACCGUGGCAUAUCUCGGCAUCAACGAUGUGAGAUACACGGUCGUCAUCCUGGCCAUGAUCAAGGCCAACCGCAAGGCACUGCUCCCCUCGCUGCGCAACUCGGACGACGGGCAGACCAACCUGGUGGAGCGCACGGGGUGCAAGCACUACCUGUACUCGGACGGGGUGGACAAGAACCUCAAGGCGUUCGGCGAGCACCCGGAGCUGUCGGGGCACCAGAUCCCGAGCUUCGACGCCAUGAUCCUCGAGGGGGCGCGGGGCCCGUACCGCAACGUCGAGGUGGAGAAGCGGCCGUACUCGCAGUCGGAGGCGGUGCUGGUGCUGCACACGUCGGGCAGCACGGGGCUGCCCAAGCCCAUCUACAUCACCAACGGCUGGCUGGCGACGCUCGACCACCAGCGCUUCAUGGACGCGCCGCGCGGCCGGCUCAACGCGCUGGCCAUGUACAUGACGACCAACCGGCCGCUGUUCACCAUGCUGCCCUUCUUCCACACCAUGGGCAUCAUCACCAUCCUCAAGUCCAUCUACUGCGGCCCGCUGAUCCUGCCGCCGCCGGGGCGCAUGCCGACGGCGGAGCUGGCGGCGGAGAUGGUGCAGCUGAAGAAGCCGUGGUCGGGCCUGUUCGCGCCGUCGGUGCUGGAGGACAUGGCCGAGACGGCCAAGGGCGUCGACGCGCUGGCGGCCAUGGAGUACGUCUUCUUCGCGGGCGCGCCGCUGGCCAAGGAGGCGGGCGACCGCAUCACGCAGGUGACGCGGCUGACGUCGAUGAUCGGGUCGACCGAGGCGUGCUUCCUGCAGAGCCUGGUCAACCGCGACCGCGGCGACUGGCAGUACUUUGAGUGGUCGGCGCACUCGGGCGUGGCCAUGGAGGAGGCGGGCGAGGGCGAGGGGCUGUACGAGUGCGUGGUGAAGCCCGCCGUCGAGCCGCGCUACCUGGGCGUCUUCUACACCUUCCCCGACCUCGCCGAGUGGCGCACCAAGGAUCUGUUCGAGGCCCACCCCACCAAGCCCGGCCUCUGGCGCUACAAGGGCCGCCGCGACGACGUGCUCGUGCUGAGCAACGGCGAGAAGUUCAACCCCGUCAGCUUCGAGAAGACGGUCGAGAACCACGGCCUGGUGCGCGGCGCCCUCGUCGUCGGCCAGAGCCGCUUCCAGCCCGCGCUGCUGGUCGAGCCCGACUGGGAGAGGGUCGACGCCGCGGCCAAGCAGGACCUGGCGCGCCUGCUGGACGAAGUGUGGCCCGCCGUCGAGCUGGCCAACCGCGACGCCCCCGCCCACGCCCAGGUGUGGAAGAACAAGAUGGCCUUCACCAAGCGCGACAAGCCCUUCCUGCGCGCCGCCAAGGGCUCCAUCCAGCGCCGCGCCACCGUCGCCGCCUACGACGCCGAGAUCGACGCGCUGUACGUGAACGAGGGCCAGGCCUUCGGCGAGCAGCUGGCCGCCUUCGACCCCGGCUUCGACGUCGAGCAGACCAAGGCCUUCCUCCGCACCGCCUUCCGCCUGGUCGUCGCCGACUUCGCCAACACCCCGCACGCCACCGACGAUGCCGACAUCUUCGACCUGGGCGCCGACUCACUGCAGGCCAUGGCCCUGGCCAGCGCCCUCUCGUCGGCCAUCAAGACCUCCGCCCACGGCGCCGCCAUCGUGCCGCGCGACAUCUACGCCCACCCGACCGUCUCCAAGCUGGCCCACGCCAUCGUCGCCAAGCUCUCCGCCACCGACGACGACGGCCAGAAGCCGCUGCCCGAGCUGGCCCGCGAGACGGCCAUGGCCGACAUGGUAGCCAAGUACACCGAGACGCUCCCCACCACGCCGCCGGCCGCCCCCCUCGCCCCCAUGCCCGCCCGCCACACCGUCGUGCUCACCGGCUCGACCGGCGCCCUCGGCAACUUCAUCCUGCAAGAGCUCCUGGCCUCCCCCGCCGUCGAGCACAUCUACUGCCUCAACCGCUCCGACCCCCCCACAGCCUCGACCCGGCAGGCCCAAUCCUUCGCCGAGCGCGGCGCCCCCACCGCCGACUUCCCCCACCGCGUCACCUUCCUCCAAACCGACUUCAGCCAACCCCUCUUCGCCCUCCCCCCGGCCACCUACGCCGCCCUCGCCGCCUCCGCCACCCUCUUCAUCCACAACGCCUGGGCCGUCGACUUCAACCACGCCCUCGCCUCGUACGAGCCCACGCACGUCGCGGGCGUCCGCCGCGUCGUCGACUUCUCCCUCGCCGCCCCCCACCGCCCCCACAUCGCCUUCGUCUCCUCCGUCGCCUCCGUCGGCAACUACCCGCACCUUGUACACAACAACAACCACCAAACCCCUGGCCUCGCCGCUCAACCCGUCCCCGUCCCCGAAACCUUCAUCCCCACCGACGCCCUGCCCCUCCCGCAGGGCUACGCCGAAUCCAAGCACGUCGCCGGCCGCAUCCUCGCCGCAGCCGCCCGCCGCGCCGGCGUGUCUGCUAGUAUCGUUCGUUGCGGGCAGCUGGGCGGGCCGCGCGGCCGCGGCGUCUGGAACCGCCACGAGUGGCUGCCGAGCAUCGUGCGGUCGAGCGUCAGCAUGGGGGUGAUUCCCGCGCACCUGGGCAACUCGGACUGCGUGGAUUGGGUGCCCAUGGACGCGGCGGGGCGGGUGGUCGUGGAGGUUGCGUUGGGGAGGGCGAGCGGACAUGAGCGCGUUGUUAAGGGUGAGGGCGAGGGUGAUAUGUUGGAGGUGUUUCACGUGCAGAAUCCGCGGGCGGCGGCGUGGCCGGGGCUGGUGCCGGCGAUUUGCGGGUGGUACGGGGCGCGGGGGCGGAAGGUCGAGCCGGUGGGGUUUGAAGAGUGGCUGGGGGAGCUGAGAAAGGUGCCGCUGACGGAUGCGGACGAGGUGGCGCGCAAGCCCGGGGUGAAGCUCGUGGACUUUUAUGAGGGGUUGAAGGCCGAGGGAGGGGCGUUGCCGCGGAUGGAGACGGCGCGGACGCGGGAGGUGAGUCCGUGCUUGAGGGAGCUGGGGCCGGUGGAUGCGGUGUUGUUUGAGAAUUGGAUGGAGCAGUGGGGGUUUUGA